UGAAUGUCCAGUAUUUGAAUGAUUUAUAUAUAUUAGUUGGUGGCUACUAGAAGCAUCAAAAUCUGGAUGUAUGAUGAGGGUUGAUACAUCAAUUAUUAAGGAGGAGCUAAUAUAAAGCUGUUUUGGAUGGAAUAAUCUUGGAGCAUAACUAACACAUUUAGUUGCUGUCAAGAAAUCAAAGAGAAAAGGGGCCAAGAUGUCUGACAAACAAAAUGUAUGUGUGACUGGUGCAGGAGGCUACUUGGCUUCAUGGUUGGUGAAGCUUCUUCUUUCAAACAAUUACAUUGUUCAUGGAACUGUCAGAGACCCUUGUGAUGAGAAGAACGCGCAUCUAAAAGAAUUAGAAAAUGCUCAAACGAAUCUGAAACUCUUCAAGACAGACUUGUUAGACCCUCAAGGUCUUUGUGCUGCCAUUGAAGGAUGUGUUGGGGUUUUCCAUGUCGCUAGCCUACUUCCACCUCCCGGUCAACCUACUUUGAAGGAAGAACUAAUGGAAGCAGCAGUCAUUGGCACACAAAAUGUGCUGACUGCCUGCUCUAAGGCUAAAGUGAAGAAAAUUGUUGUUGUGUCCUCAGUUGCUGCAAUUGUAAUGAACCCAAGUUGGCCAAAGGACCGAGUCAUGGAUGAAGAGUCUUGGUCUGACGUGGAACUCUGUGAGAAUAUUAAGAAAUGGUACUUCCUUUCAAAGACUGCUGCAGAAAAAGAAGCUUGGGAUUAUGCAAAGAGGCAUGGCCUGCACAUGAUCACAGUUUGUCCCUCUUUAAUUAUAGGGCCUCUGCUGCAGUCAACCAUGAAUGCCACCAGCUUACACCUCCUCCAGCUCUUAAGAGAUGGGUCUGAAUCGGUAGACAAUGGACUCAUUCCUUAUAUAGACGUGCGCGAUGCAGCGGAAUCACUCUUAAUAGUAUAUGAGAAUCCUGAAGCAGAGGGAAGAUACAUAUGUUCAUCGCAUGAGAUGAGAACUGAAGAGUUGAUUAAUAAGUUAAAACUGAUGUAUCCUCAUUUCAACUAUCCUAAAAGUUACUGCGGAGAAAGGAUGGCAGUAAGGCUGAGUUCAAAGAAGCUGCAAGAUUUGGGAUGGAAAUACAGGCCAUUUGAUGAGACACUUGUUGACGUUGUCACGAAUUAUCAACAGAUUGGCGUCCUGCAAUAAAAUCAACACCAUCGUCUUCAAACAGACAGAAACAUCCUUUGUUUUGUUUAAAGUAGUUGUAAUUUGUUAUCCUCAGCUAAUUAAAUGUGUCAAGAUUUUAAUUUGUUUUUUUAAUAAUUGAACGUACAAGGUCUUGUAUUGUCCCCCGUAUAGUUGAAGUUGCUGGAAAUAUGUCCCAAAACAGGUGUAAUGGGUCCCUCAACCCUAGCCCCUUGUUUAAGAAAUGACUCCACUUCAUGUUGGCUUGUUGAUAA